UACAGUGCAUGUGUUAGAAAGAAUGCUGAGUGACAACUUCUUUGAAGCAGUUUUAUCAGUCUUUUUGUGUCAGCUCUAGUUAGUUCUUCAGAGGUCAGAGAUUGCCUGUUGUAAAGUGGACUGACCAACUCGAUCUUACAAGAUGACCCUAAGGAAACAGUUCCCUCUUGUGGUUAACCCCAUUUUGAGACUGUUCUCUUCUUUACAAAUUUGUGCCAGAUGUAAAUCAGCAAUGGGAACAAAGAUGCUUGAAGCACACACCCCUAAAAUAUAUUAUGGCAUCCCAAGACUUAUUGAUUCAACACGCUUAAAUCACCAUGAUGCUGGUGAUUCCACUAUUGUUAAAAGGGAUGGUCCACCUUGGAGGGUGAUGUUCUUUGGAUCGGACAACUUUUCAAUUGCAAGUCUCAAGGCUCUUCACAAGUGCAGGACAGAAGGGAAACUUAUUGAGAAAUUACACGUUGUUUGUCCAGAGACAAAGUACAUCAAAAGAAAAGGCAAAACACGUAUUAUCUCCCCUAUUUGGCAAUAUUGUCAUGACAACGACCUAACGCACUUCCCUUGGCCAAUUACACCGGAGGUCAAAGGUUAUGACAUUGGUGUUUUGUCAUCAUUUGGUCAUCUAGUACCUGGACACCUCAUAGAAAGUUUUCCAUAUGGAAUAGCCAAUGUCCACCCUAGUCUCUUGCCACGCUGGAGGGGCGCAUCCCCAAUCACUUCUGCCAUACUAGGAGGGGAUAAAACAACAGGUGUUUCUAUCAUGGGUCUUAGGCCCAAGAGGUUUGAUGUUGGACCCAUUCUUCUUCAAGAGAGUAUUGAGAUUCCUCAUAGAUGCACAACAGAAUCCUUACAAGAAACUUUAGCAAGUCAAGGAGCAGACAUGAUUGUUCGCUUUCUGAAGGACCUGCCAACAUUCCAUGCAAAUGGAAAAGCUCAAAGUGAAGAAGGAGUCACCCUCUGUGGAAAAAUCGUUCCUAAAAUGGCCAUUGUUAGUUGGAGUAAGAUGUGUGAUGAAAUUGAUCGACUGUACAGAGCAAUUGGACAAGACUUUCCGCUGGAGACAUCGUGGAAUGGUAACCAGGUCAGAUUGAAUCAAAUGAAUGACCCCAAGGUCACGGCUGAUUUGGAAAUCAACAUGGAGGGUGCAUUACUAGGUGAAUUGUACUACCACAAACCCACUCAACAGUUGUGUGUCAAAUGCAAGGAUGGUUGGGUGAGCUUUGGUGAAGUUACAUUUAGGAAGAAGAUGACAGCAAAAGAUUUCUACAAUGGUUUCUUGUCAGGGAAAAAUAUAGGCAGACAGUGUUUUGUAUAAAGGGAUUUAAAAGAUGUUAAUUUUUGCAUCAGGGAUAAAGAAUAUAAUUUGUUUUUGACUGUUACAACGAUGUCUAUGUAACUCUGUAUCAAAUCAAUGCAGUAUCCACUGCUAAGAAUUUAAACUGCCUCUAGCAAUUUGGCUAGCUCAGAACUCUAGUGGUAAGACAUCUGCUUUAGCAAUGCAAAGGUCAUGGGUUCGCCUGUGGACUGUUUUCACAGAACUCUGGAAAGUAUAGUGCUUAUAACACAUCAGUGAAAGAGUAAAAAACAAAUUAUAAAUGGAUGGUGUAACAUUUGUAACAGUUGGCCCGACUUUUCACCAGUGCUGUGCAUACAUUUUGGUUAAGAUGAUGACCUAGAAUGUCUUUAAACCGCUGUUGGGAAGGGAUGGUUUGGACGACAAAUUCAUUUUAAAAUUAAAAAAAUAUAUAUAUUCUGAAAUUGCAAAAGAUUCAGCUCACCAUAAUUUUUUUAAGGAGAAGCUACUAUGUUUUUCAUUAAUACAAAUUCGAACAGGCAUGAUAUUUUUUCUACUCUGAGUCCUCUCUGAUUUUUGUUAGCCCUUGGGAAAAGUUAAACAAAUUGUGGUUAAAUAGCCUGGAAAGGCUAUCAGAGCCUACACCAUGUGUACAAGUAGGUUAGUCCUGCUUGUUCUAACCACCCUUGUUCCCACUUAUGUGUGCUGUGCAAUGAUUUAAAUGGAAGCUAACAAAUAAUCAACGACAUUGAGACUUACCUCUUCCUGAAAAAGCUUUGUUUUUUUAUUAAUCAUCAUUUCAAACCUUAGUUGGUUAGGAGUACAUGAUAUCAAAAGAUGCAGUUGCUACAUGGCAAGGUAUUUAAUAAGUGAUAAUCUUGCUUUUAAUCGUCAAUACAUUAAACAAUAAAUCUACGCAUUGUUGUAUUAGUAGUUUCUUUCGUUGUAUCAUGCUGGUUAGAGAAGAUGGACCUCUGAGAUAUUCUAGAUAAUUUACGCUAAUAAUAUGAUGAGACCAUGUCUGAAUCGGCUUUGGCUGUGGCCAGAUUACCACUGUAUAAGUCAGCAGCCAAAGCCACACAAACAGAUAAUAUAUAUAUAUCUCUAAACAAACAUUUUGCCAUCUAAACAAUUCAUUCGGUGCAGCUAUUGUUAAUGGUCGCAGUUUUGUUAUUUUUUUUAACAUAAAGGGUAGAAACGCCAGGCCGAAAAUUAUUUUGUACUAAUUUGUUUAUGUUAUAAGAGGAAAGCUUGUCUGAUGAAACUCUUCUCUGGUAGCAAAUUAUCAGAUCUUAACCUCUGACCUUUCAAUCACAAGCACUGCUGUAAUGUUAUCUGUAACUAUCAAAUGGUUAAUAACAGCAAUGACCUCAUUCAUCCAUGCAGUAUAUUUACAAUAAAAGUUAACUCGGCAAAAAAACAACCAAAUAUAUGAGGUUUUUAUCUAUGCUGUAUAAAUACUUUAAGUUGGAAUAACAAAAUACAGGUUCAUUUACAAGGGAUGACCAGACAUUUUGAUUUGAUUUACAGUUACUGCUUAUGCAAAUAUACGGUUAUAAACUUGUUUUUUACCUUCAAACUGGUGAUAAUUAAUUAGUGCGUUAGACUAACAAUUAAUUAAAAAUUCAUUUACAAUUUCAUUGUGCUGCAAAUUUUAUCGUAGGCAGAGAAUAUAAAACUUCCUGAAAGUGCGAUGAAGAGCAAUUGCGGUAGUUUUUGUUUUGUUCAGAAAAAGAGGCACUCAAAUCUACACCGACUUAAAAAAUGAGCUGUGAGCUUUUAACCAGCAUAUUCCAAAUUUUUAGAAAAUGAUUUUUUAAUUAUUUCUUAAUUUUUUUGGUUACACUUAUAGAAAAAAUAUAACUUUUAAUGUUUUUAGUGAUUAAAUAGCAACGUCGCUGCAAAAGCUAGAGGAAGAUCCUCAUCAUUUGGAAGCUUAUUGUUCUCUUUUUUAAAUAAAAAUCAUCAGAUUAAAAUAUUUUUAAAUUGUCAAUGGUAGACUUAUCCACAACUCCCUAUAGGGUAGUGGCUUAUUGAAAAUAAUGCAUAUAUUUACUAAAGCAUGAUAGCUACAUGAAUAUGAACCGAGAAAGUCAACUUGAAAAAAA